CCUUAACGUACGCGAACCAAAAAGAGGCUACCUGUAUGCUUUGAGAACAUGCGAGCAACAAAAACGCGCACUUGCCACGGCACGGUGUCCGUCUGUUGUGGUACUUUUUCUAGCGUUCUAAUAGUACUACUUAUUGUUAUUUAAGCACUUAUUCUUGCUAGGAAUAAUGAGUUUUUUGAAGAAGCUCUAAAAACUGGCCAAAAAAGGUAACGGAGUCGAAGCGUGCCGUAGCACGGUAAGAUGCUGCGAAUUGGUUGGAACCAUGCUAUCAUUCGAAGAAUGAAACACAGACGAGCAAGUAAGCGAUGGUCUAAUGAUUGUUGAGAGGAACAAUCGAAUCGAUUCCAAACAAAGCGAAGAGAAGACUAGUUUUUUACGGCAUUUGAUACGACUAUGACGACGGGAGCUAUCAUUACGAAGGCAGAGCUGCCACGGGAUUUGCCGGGCCCGUCGGAGGAACGCUUUCUGGUUAUCGUUUGCGAGCCAGAUGGAAUCAAAUGGAGCUUGCACGAUGGAGUGAGCUUCCAUUACGCUCCCACCGUGUUCUGGACGUAAGUACCUUUGUUAAAAUAACUGCAGCCGUAAUAUAUUGGUAGUUGAUUUUGUUUCCACUCAUGAAACACUUUGCUCACGAAACGAAUCCAAUCGAAUAAAUACCCCUUGUUUUAUGUUUUUCCCACUCGACUUGGCAAUCGCAGGACACCCCACCUCCAGGACGAAGACCGCUCCGCUUCGCCCUGCAAAUCGCUGACCCGCUUUCUCUGCCAGCAUGCGUUGGCCCACAUCUUUGGAGCUUCCGACUACCAUAAGGCAACGAAGCAAAACGCCACCAAGACCGCGGCGAAACGAAUGGCCCCGUCGACGACGAUAUAUGUUUUGUCAAGCAACAAGCAGCACGAAACCGAUCUUCUUUUUCUCUUUUCCGAGGUCCCUUCGCGGAUUCUACGGUUCUCCGCCAGCGACUUUUUCGACGCUCAGGCGCUCUCCUCCGUGAAAGCAACGAUCGGUCAGCUCGCAGCGAUGCACGCCAUCAAAAAAGACUACGGAUCACCGGUGCUGUUGAUGGAGUGCUCAGUCGCGAUCGAGUACUUUGGACUGGAUGGGAACUCGAAAUUUUUGGGGGGCGGCGUCUGCGCGGGCAUGCCCAUCCGCUGCCGGUCCCUCUUUGACUACUGCAACAACCAGGAUUUUCCCUCGAUCGAUUUCGAGCGAUACACAAAGCUAACCGAAAAGGCAAAGAAGAGCGGGACGCCAAUGUCACUCUUUUCUACCGAUCCGUUCCAAAGGGUUGCCGCCAGCGCAACUGCAGAAAUGGCCGGACAGCUGAGGAACAUUGUGAGGCAAUUUCUGGGACUGGUGGGUCCUACUGACGCUCCCGUAACUGUGGUGCUGUGUGGGGAUGAUACACAUCUCACCCGUGAGCUCUUGACAGAUAAUUGCUCGUCGAUAGUUGCUGUGGAACCGGAUGUUGAGUUUCCCGGGCCUAGCAAGGUGACGUUUGUGGUGCGCAAGAACAUGGCUGCCUACGGCGUCCAGCACCUGCUCUCGGCUAGCAAGGAACAAAAGGUACCCCUCGAUGCCGACGACGAACUCCGGGAGGAUCUGGUGGGACUGCGCGCGGCGUUCAUCAAGGAACCUGGAAAUACGAAGAUCCACCGAGGUUCCAUUACCCGGGUGGUGCGGGGGGCAGUGUUCGAAGAGGAUUCCGUCAUUCUCUUGUUAGACGAGGGGGAUAAUGUGACCCUGGACCUCAUAAAACUGUAUGGUACGCACAUGCAUAUUUGUGACGUUUUGAAGCCAGGCUAGGUAUUUCGCGCAUCGGGUUUCGUUUCGCUGUUUUCUGUACCCCUUGCGACUGGGCGGCGUUUUGGUAGCGCGCAGUGUGUUCCUGCUCUGCUCUUGCUUGUUCUAAUUUAUGUUCCCUUUCUCUGUCGUUGAUUCUGCGCAGAUUGCUUGUCUCUCUAUCAGGAAGUUGGUGAAGAGAGCAAGAUAGAGAACAAGGAAGUUUGGGUUGGGGAGAAACAGCAAGCUUCGACCAAGGUUCAGGUCGAACUCGAGAAAAAGAAUGAGGUAUUCGCGACGCGCAAAACGAUACUGAGCGAAGCCAAGGAGAAGGAAGGAUCCAUUGUCAAAAUGGUGGCACCUCCGGAGAACGACAAACGAGGUGCCAAACGGCCGAGACAGAGCCCGAGCCCGAAACCAAAGAAAGCGUCGAAAGAAUCCCCCGAAAAAUACGUUGGCCAUCGAAUUGCAAAAUUGUUUGACAGUCCAAACCCGGAUGACGAGGGCGAUAUGGUGCUCUAUUUCGGAAGCAUCGACAAGUACAAUGGGGAAACGAAGCUUUGGCACGUUACUUACGACGACGACGACGAGGAAGAGUUUGACUUUGACGAAGUGCGCGAUGGAAUCCUUCUCUGGGCCAAAAACAAGGACGAUGACAAGAAUGCUAAAUCAUAGUGCACAAUAGACCGGGAACACACAA